GGCGUUGCCCGGGCUGGUUCGCCGCUGGUCUGAGACUGCUGCGGCAUUGGUGGCAGGGCCACUGCCCUGAUCUCUGCCUGUCGAGCUGAUCCCUGACCCAGGGACUGGGCUCCAGAGACCAGCGCCAAGAUGCCGUCUCAGAUGGAACAUGCCAUGGAGACCCUCAUGUUCACCUUCCACAAAUACGCGGGGGACAAGAGCUUCCUCUCUAAAGAAGACCUCCGGCUUCUCAUGGAGAAGGAGUUCCCCGGCUUCCUGGAGAACCAGAGGGACCCUAUGGCUUUGGAUAAAAUCAUGAAGGACCUGGACCAGUGCCGGGACGGCAAAGUCGGCUUCCAGAGUUUCUUCUCACUGGUGGCCGGGCUCACCAUUGCCUGCAACGACUACUUUGUGGUGCACAUGAAGCAGAAGGGGAAGAAAUGAGGGGGGUCAUGCCAGCUGUCCCUCUUGCCGCCGCCUGCCCAGCCCUGAAGGCCAGUACUAGGCCUGGAUGGAGGGCAUCGAGGCCCCCUCCGGACAUGCAAGCACUUGUCCUGCGGCGGCUGGGAAGGAGCCAUGCUCCCUCCCCCUGCUUUCGGCUCCCCUUAUAUCCCAGGCUCCCCGCUCCCCGCCACCUUCCAAUAAAGAGCUGGGGUUUUGUUUUUUA